UCCACACGCGCUCCAGACAAUCCUUCCAGAGGACAGGAAGCCAAACUAUGAAGCUUUAGCGGACACCAGCUGAGCGUUUGUCACCGAUACUUGUCGAUUUUUGGCAUUUUGUUGAUUGUUUUCAGCUCAGCUCUGACUUUAAGGGGAGUCGAUUUUGUGCAGAAAACCUGUCCAGUGCGCUCCAAGUGUCCAUGUGGAGUUUCAUGCCAUGUUUUAAAAAGCACAACGGAGUAGCAUCGAUCGAUUUUGUAUCAUUUUUAUUUUUCGUUGUCUGCUGUCAGGACGGCGGGACUUGUGUAGUAAAUAGUUUUUUCUGAACGUUUUUUUUCGGGGCAGUUUGCAGAUAGAAGAAUGCUGCCCCAGAUCCUCACCCUGGCCUGUGGUCUCUGCUGCUUUGGUUUUACCUCGGUCACUGCGAAUAUACUAAAAGCUGAGGGUUGGCUGCAGCAGUAUGGCUACCUGCCUCCAGGUGAUGUCAGAGCCCAGGCCCUCCGCUCGCCAAAGUCCAUUGAAACAGCGAUAUCAGCCAUGCAGAGGUUUUACGGUUUGGCUGUCACCGGCUCCAUAGACUCCAACACAAUAGAGGCGAUGAGCCGGCCGCGGUGUGGCGUCCCAGACAAGUUCGGCCCGGAGCUGAAAACUAACCUGAGGAGGAAGAGAUACGCGGUGCAGGGUCUGAAGUGGGACAAGUCAGAGGUGACAUUCAGCAUACAGAACUACACCCCAAAGAUCGGAGAACAAGCCACGUACGAAGCCAUCAGAAGAGCCUUCAAGGUGUGGGAGAGCGUGAUCCCGCUCACCUUCAGGGAGAUCCCCUACAGCCACAUCAGAGGCAAGGUCGACAAGUUCGCAGACAUCAUGCUCUCCUUCUCAGAGGGCUUCCACGGCGACAGCACGCCAUUUGACGGCGAGGGCGGCUUCCUGGCUCACGCGUACUUCCCCGGACACGGCAUCGGCGGAGACACGCACUUUGACCUCGCUGAGCCCUGGACCACCGGGAGCCCAGACCAGGGGGGUAAUGAUGUUUUCCUGGUGGCGGUCCAUGAGCUGGGUCACGCUCUGGGUCUGGAGCACUCCAACGACCCCUCUGCCAUCAUGGCCCCCUUCUACCAGUGGUUUGAGACUGAAAACUUCCAGCUCCCGUACGACGACCGCAGAGGCAUCCAGGCGAUCUACGGAACAAAGUCUGGGGCUCCCCCUCCUCCCCCACCUCCCCCUCGACCCACGAAGUCGUCCACCCCCGACAACGGCCCGGACGUCUGCGAGGGACACUUUGACACCAUCGCUGUCCUCAGAGGGGAAAAGUUUGUGUUCAAGGACAAGUGGUUUUGGCGUGUGCGUAACAACAAGGUGUUGCCAGGUUACCCGAUGACCAUCAGUCACUUCUGGAAGGGCCUGCCCUCAAACAUCAACGCCGCCUACGAGAGGGACGAUGGGAAAUUCGUCUUCUUCAAGGGUGACAAGUACUGGGUUUUCAGCGAGUCCAGCAUGGACAAGGAUUCUCCAAAGAGCCUGAAAGACUUGGGCACCGGUCUGCCAAAAGACAAGAUCGACGCUGCUCUCUUCUACACACCGACAGGACAGACGUACUUCUUCAGAAGCAACAAGUACUACCGCUUCAACGAGCAGACUCGCACCGUGGACAGCGGCUAUCCGAAGCCCAUCAGCACGUGGAGCGGCGUGCCGGAACACAUUAAAGCCGCCAUCAUGAGUGAAGAUGGAUCUUACACUUACUUCUACAAAGCCAACAAGUACUGGAAGUUCAACAACCAGUACAUGAAGGUGGAGUCCGGCUACCCCAAGUCUGUGCUCACCGACUGGAUGGGCUGCGAAGGCGAGGAGCCCAAGAAGGGCCGGGAAGAGGAGGUGAUCAUCAUCGAGGUGGAGAAAUCGCAGGGCGGGGCCGGGCCGGUGGCCGUGGUCAUCCCUCUCCUCCUGCUGGUGCUGGUUGUGAUCACUCUGGGAGCGCUUUUGUUCUUCAGGAAGUACGGCACGCCUCGGCGCCUCCUCUACUGCCAGAGAUCCCUCCUGGACAAGGUGUAGACGGAGCGACGGGGUGAAUGACAGACUGCCACAGAGGGACAGAGAGAGAGAGAGAGAGAGAGAGAGAGCGAGAGAGAGAGAGAGAGGGCCGGGUGAAGGUGGAAACUGAGGGGAGGAAGAAAUGGAAGAGGAGACGGCAACCGGAGAAAAAAUAAUGGAGGAUAGGAGGGGGGGGGACAAUGUGUUAAGUGUUGGGUGGUUUGUAUGUGCCACAAACGAGAAAAGAAAGAAUAAAAGGCCCUAGAAACUGAAAUCAGGAAAAUGUGUAUUUGUAUGUUAACUAUUUACAUGUACUCUGUGUUCAGAGGUUUACCAACGUACCCACAAUCUCACAUAGAGAAGGGAAAUAUACAAAGAGACUCAUCAACACCUCUCCUCUCUCACAUCCCAGGUAUUAAAAAGCAAACAUCCCCUCCUUCCUUCCUCUCCUUUAACUGGACGACUCCAGCUGAACUGCUGUCUGAUUCGCGUCUAACAUUGAGAUCUGUGAUUCACUUUUAGGUUGUACUCAGAAAUUCAUCACCUCUGUUCAGAGUUUUUGCUCUGAAAUACAUUUGCUGUCAAAAAAAUCUGUUGAGGUUUUAUUUUUGAGGGAGUUUGAAAUUAGUUAAUUUCAACGUGACAUUUUUGCUCUGAAUCCACUGUUCAAAGUUUUGAUAUUCGGCAAUGCAGUAUUUCUUAAAAUGUUUUUUUUUUUUUUACCACUAAGUAGGGCUGGGUAUCUCAUACUUCUCUAGUACUGCCUUAAAUGUGUCGACUGCACGUGGUAUUAAAAACUGUCAAGUUAGCAUUUAAUUUCUGGUCAUAUGCGUAACUUUGUUUACUUAUUCUUUAAUCAAAUAGUUCAGGAUUUUACACAAAAUUCUGCCAAUUGAUAUUGGUAAUCGGUAUCGUACCCUCACCAGCAUUGAACAUUUUAAAGCGAUGCCCAGCCCGACUACGAAGAAGAUUCUCUCCCAUCUGCUAAACACGUUUUAGUCAUUAUCACCUGCCUCUUGUUUGAUGGAGCCGAGAACAACAGCACUUGAACAGUGUCAGUAUUGAUUGAUGCAGACCUCUGAACGCGCACGGAUAGGAUUUGUGAUCAGUAAAACUAGAAUCCUUUUUUUUAUGUGUUUCAACUGCAACUUGAUUCACAAGCAUAACUCUUCUUUCAGUGUAAACAGUCAGACGGGAAAAAUAUUUUUCUUAAAAAAACGUGACGUUUUAACUCAGUUUUCAAACAUUCCAGUACAUUUGUUGUUGACCAAUAGGAGCAGAGCUGCUUGUCCAAACAAUGUGUCAGAAAGCGGUACAGUUUCCAACAAUAUAGUGCAAUUUUUUUAAUUAUUAUCGUUGUUAUGGGAAAUUGUUGUUAUUAUAAGUAUGGUUAUUGUUAUUAUUGUUCUCCUGGUAAAGUUAUAGGGACUUUUUUUUUGUUUUGUUGCUUUUGUACAUUGUCAUUCGGAGUCCUGCUGGACAGAGGCGUAACGUGACAAUGAUGGAGAUGAAUCCCAAUUUACACUCAGCAUGUGAUGAAUCAGAUCAGGGGGCGAAAUGUGAGUUCAGGGAGUUUCUUUUUACUCUGAAACACCUGGAAUUACAGAGAUGUCGGCACAGAGUAACAAGCGAUGCUAUUUAUGAACUUUGAUGGUUUGAUGGUGCUCAAUGAUUAUUUUUUUUUUUUUACAUAAAUCAUAAUUGAAGGUGAAUUCAUUUAGUUAAUAACAAUGAUAAUGGUAAUGAUAUUUAUAAUGAUGAUCAUAUCAAUAAAAUGGAAUGAGAUUUUUUUUCUUGCCUGUUUUCACUUUUGUAUUUCAUCUGAUGAAGCGAAGUGAAACUAUUUUCUACAAUCUUGUGUUGUUGUUUCCUCUCUUCCAUGCUUUCACAUUCUCUUCUCCAGUGGAUUAGCACACAAGCUUUAACGCCUGGGGAAAGAAAAGCUAAAUGUUAAAUGAAACUUUAAGCCAAACAAGUUUUUUCAUGUCAAACUUGACUUCCCAAAAAUGUAAAAGAAAAAAUCUUUUUUAUAGUUUAUUAUUAUAUUUAUCAGAUAACAAAAAACAAAUGUAACUAACAAUAACCAAUUCACCACAACUAUUCUGAAGGAAAUUCUGUUUGAAUUCAUCAACAAAAAACAAACAAACUUACUUGGAAAUUUCCUGUAAUUUCCUGUAUGCAUGCUUCCAUGUAGGCAAACAUUCUGCUCUGGUAGCUUUAAUUGAGUCCGUUUCUUAACUCCAUGCUACAUGCUAAAACUACUGUAUUGUCAUUUGCAUAAUGUACUUCGCUUUUGCAGUCAGUAUCCAAAAACUGAUACCAUUGUGUUCUCAGAAGGACAUGAUGCUUACUGUCACUCCCAUUUAUUACCAGUGUCUGGAAGACGUAGCUUGUUUGGGAGGAUUUCAUCAUUCCAGUUAAUUU